AUGUCGGAAGCAUUGGAUGGUAUCGAUGGUAAUUGGAAAAUAAUUGAUUAUCCGCCGCAUCCAGAAUGUGUUGGUUGUGAAUUUAAAAUAAACAACGAAAGUCCAAAUAAGUAUCGUCUUUAUGCACAUGUAGUUAAUGGAAUGAAUUGUACCUUGGAAUAUAAUCCCGAAAAUAAUGAAUGGAAAACUUCACCACUUAUGUCAACACUAAUGGCUGGUCCACCAGAAAAAAUGAAAAAAGAAAGCUUCAUAAGUGAUCUUAUCUCUCAUAUUAAUUUUGUGCAGACUGAAGAUGAACAAUAUUUAAUCAUUCAAACGAAUGAUAGUGCAACAGCUCGAUUAGAACGUAUAUGA